UCCUGAAGUGCAUGCAAAAACAAAUAUAGUAAACCUUAGACGACGUUUGUCGAUAAUACAGACAGUUAACUCUCCAUUCUUUCAGUGGUAGAUGAAUUUUUAAUGUUUAAAUUACUUCUUGUUUCAGACAUUCUUCAUUUCAGGUAAAAAGUAGAAUGCGAUUCAUAUUAAAUGAAAAAAGAUGGUGUGGUAAUGGGUUCACCUUUAGGCCCUUUACCUGGAGAUAUUUUCAUGACUAGUUUGGAAAAUGGCCCUUUCAAACCGACCAUCGACAACUUUCCUGUGUACAAAAUGUAUGUUGGUGACACUUAUCAUUUGUGAUAACAAAUGUAAUAUCCUUCAAGUUUUUAAGGGCUGCCAUCCAGCUAUCAAGUUUACAACUGAAGUAGAAACGGGAGAGACAUUCUCAUUUCUGGAUGUCCGAUUAAGAAAGAAGACUGAUAGAACUUUGAACAGUAUAUCGAAAGCCUACAUGGAACAGCCAGUUAACAAAACUUUACAGCUGUCUACCCAUCAAUCCCAGGUGAAACCCAAGAAUAUCCCUUGUGACUAGAAUCCAUAGAAUCUGCAAGCCUGAAUUAGUGGAAUAAGAGAUC